AUGAUACGCAACUGGGUGUCCCCGAGGCUCCUUCCUGGCGCCGCUGCCGCCGUCGUGCUCCUGCUUCUCUACUAUUUCGGCCAUUCUUCCUUUGACCUUUUCGAAUACGAUCGCUCCCAGGGCCACGCCGAGAGCUCGGCACCGGUUUCCCAUUCGAGUCUACAUCUCGGGCAUCGUCCGGCGCAGACGAGCAAGAAAGCAUCGUCGGCCUUUUCCGACCGGCCGAAACCGCAUGACUUACCGAAAGUGAUGGGCCUUGUAUUCUUCGGCCGCCGUCAAACUGUCUCGAUCCUGGACUGCUACCUUAAGCGCAACUUGGUUAAGAACGGCGGCUGGCUCGAUGGCGUUAUUUGGCUCAAGCACACGGCCGACGCGACCGACCUUGCUUUCCUCGACAAGGUCGUCGAGAGCGAAGCCGACUAUGUCGCGCAAGAUGUCCAAAACCUGGACCAGGAUGGCUACUCCAACGCAUAUGACGAAAUCAAAGACGAUAUUUUGUAUGUUAAGAUAGACGACGACAUUAUUUACAUUGAGGAUACGGCUAUCGCGUCUAUUGUUGAAACCAAGCAUACACGGCCCGAGUUCUUCCUUGUCUCGGCCAAUGUUGUAAACCAUCCCCUCCUUAGCUGGGUUCAUACAAACCUCGGCGCCGUCAGGCCAUACCUGCCAGAGCUGGACCGGGAGUACCCGACGGCCGAGGAUGGUAACGGUACCGAUUGGCGCCCGUCCCACCUGCCAGCCUGGGGCGGGAACUUUAAGGAUCCCAAGAUCGAGAACAACUGGAAUACUGCCCAUCAGAAGAAGCACCGCUGGCUUCCGGUAACGUCGCCAAGCAGCGAUGGCUCCGAUCCGCUCGACAAGACGCCCAUCAGCCAAAUACAGUAUGACCCCUGGGGGGUAAGCUGGUUCAUGUGGCAGAUUGGCGCGCAGCAGCACUACAGCCUGCACGAGCAUCUCGAAAAGAACGAGCUGCAGCAGUAUAGAUUCCGGACCUGGGAUUUUCAGUUUAAGCGGGCGAGCAUACAGUUUAUUGCUAUGAUGGGCCGAGAUAUUAAUGCCGUAAAGCCCAUCCAGGGGGUCGAUGAACAAUACUUUACUGUUGAUAUGCCCAAGAAGCUCGGAAGACACGCUGUUGCAGAUGGCGGGGGCGUCGUCGCCCACUUCAGCUACGUGACCCAAGUCAACCCUGCCGAGAACGGCGGUAUGAAAUCGACGGAUAUUUUGGAUAGGUACCGCUCCUACGCACAGGAAAACAUUUGCACGGGUCCGAUGCUGUGGACGCCCGAGGAAGGAGAGUAG